GUCAAGGGGUCUUGGACCAGGCUCUGCUGUGAUAUUAUCAGUGUGUUUGGUGUCAGUGCCCUGAGAAAGGACUUCUCUCUUUUUUCAACUGAUUGAGCAGUGCCCAUGAUGGCAUCAUCUGGAUCAGAUAUGCGGACUCUACUUCUGCUGUCCCUUCUGGUGCUUACACAUGCCAUGCCGACCAGGCGCAGUAAACAGGGAUUGCUGAAGUCUAAAGAGACUAAGCCCGCCUCAUCUCCUGACAACACAGGAAAUGACAUCCUUCUAAGCCAGCCAAUCGAACCAAAGAACACCUUCACUCUUAGUCUCCGUGACGACAGCAGCAAUACCACCAUGGUGACCUUGGUCUUCACAGAGGACGACAACGGACAGAGCAGCGCUGAGGAUGUCGUCAAAGACCCCAAACAGUUGACAGGUGGUCCAUCAUCAGUGUCCAACCCCCAGAGCCACAGUCAUGAGACCAGCUUCACACUGCUCACCACCGGUCUCAAAAUGGCCGCUGCUGGUCCUCCUGCUGUCACCUUCAGUCAGGGAGGGAGUGUCGGUCUACAGACCAGCGUCAGUGCUGAGUCAGUGAGCCAGAGCCAGGAGAGCAUGGAGCGGGGAGUAGUAGGCACUGACCUGGGAACAGUUCCUGGUGUGGCCCCAGCUGCUCUCCCUCUGGACACCAGCAGUCCCGUGCAGGCCAGUGUGGUGGUCUCUGUGGAGCUCCUGUCCAACAGCCUUGAGACUGCAGUGUCACAGAGUCUGACCACCGCGACUGCAGCAACCGUGGACCCACCUGUGCCACCACAACCGGAGCCUACCUCAGCCGCACCAGAAGAGGAAGCAGAGGAAUCCGAUGAGGACGAGGUGGACGAGGAUGACGUCGAUGAAGACGACGAGAAAGAAAAAGAUCAGUCGCCAACCUCGCCUCCUCCCGCUGUACCGGUGGAUCCCAAUGCAGGCAAUGCUGUGGAUGGGUCCCCACUGGGUCCAGAGCUGACGGACCUCUACACCGGUGGAGUCAGCGGUGAGCCCAUGCUGGCAGAUCAGUCAGUAACUAGUGACAAAAACAACAUUGUCGGCGGCCCCGAGAUCACACUCAUGCAGAUCUAUGCCGACGGCAUCGGUGACAAAAACAACAAUGUGGUGGUCAGUCAAACAGCAGCAGACCUACCUCCAGUCGAUAAAACAUUCAGCCCAGACACUGACCCAGCAACAGUAGACGCCAGUGCUGCUCCCGUCACCGUGAACCCACCCACCACUGAGGCUGCAGCGCCCGAAGAGGAGGAGGCAGAGGACGAAGAGCUGGACGAGGAUGAGGAGGACGAAGACGAGGUCGAAGACAAGAACGGCGAUGAAAUCGCUCCCAUCGUUCCCACCAUAGUGCUCCCUGAUGUGCCUCCCACAGACAACGCUGGCCCCGCUCCUACAGGAAGUGGCGCAGACGCCCCUGAAGAAGUCCCUGUUGUCGUUUCAGAAUCUGCUGCAGAUGUUGUUGCCGUGGUAGCUGCUUCUGUGGAGAAGAGCGCUGUGAGCAGUGAUCCACUUCUCGACAUGGAAGGUUUCGUGGGAGAUGACCCCCUGUCGUAUGCAGCAGUGGGCACUGCUGUGGAUACCCCUGUGGACAAAGCAGCCCUCGCUGAAGCCCCUGCAGAUUUGCCAACUGAGCUGAGUGCUGCAGCUCCUCCUGCCGAGGUCAGUGUCUCCACUAGCCAAUCAGAGCCAAGCCCUGCAGAUGCCAUCCAAUCAGAUCCAAGCCCUGCAGUAGCAACCGAGGCUCCGCAGCCCGACGGUACGACCGCAGCACCAGAGGUGGAGGCCGAUGAGGAUGAUGUCGACGAAGAUGACGUAGAUGAAGAUGAGGAGGAAGAGGCAGGUGGUGACGCCACCGUCGACCCUCCUGUCUCCGCCUCUCCUCCCGACCCGGUAAUCCCAACAGGCAAUGUGGCGGACGCCUCAGUCGAUCCAGCGGGCCUAUCUGCAGAUGCCGCAGUGGGUCCUAAUUAUGACGCACUCCAAGACACAGAGGGUUUCGUGGGAGAUGACCCAAUGUCCUACACAGCAGACCAGCCAGCUGCAGCACCCGCAGAUUUGACCUCUGAGGUCAAGGUCAUCGCCCCUGCUGCUGCUGACCUUCCUCAAGCAGCACCUGUCUAUCAAGAGGCAGUGGACGUCCUUGGCCAAUCAGAUGCCAGCGUUGCACCAGCGACAGAGGUCCCGCUUCCUGAUGCUACAACUGCGGCCCCGGAAGAGGAAGGGGAGGAAGAUGAGGUAGAUGACGAUGAGCUGGAGGAGGCAGAGGAGGAGGAAGAGGAGGCAGGCGGUGAAGCCACUCCUACUGCAGUUGUCGCUGACGUCACCGCUGCUGCCCCCGCCAGCGCUGCUGACCCCGCUGUGUCCGAUGUUCCAGCAGGCAAUGCAGUGGACGCCCCUGUGCCUCCCUCAGGCAUUGUGUCGGACACCCCCGCAGUAAUGGCCCCACAACUGAAGGACACUCUCAUGGACACAGAGGGCUACGUGGGCGAUGACCCCUCAGUGUACAUGGCAGCCAAGCCAGAACCAGUUUCUCUGAGCGCUCAAACAAACACCCUUGUGGACACGCAAGCACUUCUUGGUGCGCCCGCCGAUCUCAUAACCUCGGACCUCAGCGCCAUCCAAGGUGUCCUCCAGGGCAAAUCGAGCACCGCUCCGACCUCGGUGGAGAUCCUAGUCCUCCCCUCCAACGUCAUUGAGGUAAGCAUUGAGGUGGAUAAGCCAAAAAUAAAUGCUGGUCUUGCCGACGCCCCGGCCGGAUCUGGACCUGCCCCGGCCAGCCAGGAGAGUGUUGAGAUUGUAAUCCUUCCAGUUGUCCCCCCUGCUGAUCCUCCGUCAGACCCCAAUGCUGCUGCUGCUGCUGCUGCUGCUGCCGACAUACCGGCCGCACCUUCCGCACCAGGUACAGAGGCCCCACUGCCUGACCCGACAGCGGCUGAGGACGAAGACGAAGAUGAGGAUGAGGACGAAGACAUUGAGAUCGUCGUCGUCCCUGCUACGACCAGCCCUAAUGCUGAAGGAGGCCCACAAGCGAAUCCCGUUCCUGACGCUGAAGCUGCUACAGACAGUUCUCAAGUCAGUUCCGAAGUUGCCGUGGCAGCAGCUGCAUCACCAGCAAUGCUCCCGGCAGCUCCCAGCAGUGAGGUAGCAUCCGUGGAGAUUGCACCCGAGGUAGUACUGAAGGUAGCACCAGGGGUUAUCCUGGAGAUCAGCGCAGAGUCUGCUCAGCUACCCUCAGAUCCCAGCGCUGCUACUGCUGCCCCUGCUGCCGCUACUGACCUGCCACCAGUGACGGCCCCUGCCCCUGAGGAAGACGACGUGGAGGAGGAGGAUGAGGAUGAGGACGGUGAGGAGGGUGGUGCUGCCACUCAGGCCCCACAGACACUCCAGGUCCAGGCUGAGGUCGGGGCUGUGGCUGAGGCUGUUGCCGCCGUGUCCAGCAGUGCCUCUGUGGAGGUCGCUGUUGACGUCUCUCAGAUCAGUACCGACCCACUGCUGCGGAACAGUCCAGAGCCACUCCUGGCUGACAGUCCCGGGCUGGCUAAUGCAGUUGUGGUCUCUCUUGAGAUCUCAAACAGCUCUGCUGAACUUGUCUUUCCUCUGGAGACGUUGCCCUUGAAUAUCUCCAAGGUUACCCCAGUAAUCCCAGAACCGGCUGCUCCACAGCCAGUGGUACUUGCCAUUAGCAUCGAGGCUAACCCAGUGCUAGAUGUGAAUGCCCAUGGUCCUCCUGCCCUACCCCCCGUUGCUCCUGCUGGGCCAGUGGCAGGUGCAGGAGUUGUUGCCGUGGAAACUGUCCUGACAAGCAGCGAGGAACGUCUGGCUGAGCAGGAGAUGGCGGAGGUGGAGCUAGUGCUGAACGCUGCUGGCAAUCAAGGAAAUCUAGAGUUAGCUGUUGCUAACCCCUGGACUGAACUUCUGCGCUCUCUUGGAACUCUUGCACAACCAGACCCUGCCCCAUCCGCCCCUAAACAGGGAAGUAAGCCCACUCCAGCCAAACGUCAACACCCGCCCACCCCCAAGCAGGGACAUCAACCCAGUCAGCCCAAAUUCCUAGCCUUUGCCCCAAAGACAACCGUGGCCAAGCCAACCAUGGCCAAGACAACCAUCGCCAAGACAACCGUAGCUAAGCCAGUCAUUACUAAUGUUGCUCCAAGUAGCAGCGAAGAGAAUUAGCCACCAAAUGCACAUGAUGUGGUGAUGUAUGUGUGAUGAAAUAACCAAAUAAACCUGCAAAAAAGUACUGUGAGCUGAUUUAAAUAUGUGAGAAAAUAGGGCAAGCAGCUAACAUUAGACUGUGGACAUCGCAUCUGGUUUAAAAUGGUGGUAGAUAUUAAUCAAUACAUCAAUAUUUGCACCAAUGUAGAGUAACAAUGUAUGGCACUUGUAAAGUUCAACCACAAGAGAUAUUUUAUUGAAGUUCAACAUCACUUGAUUAGCUUGAUCACUGACAAAAUCUAGACUCUCAUCAUACUUUCACCCAAAAUGUAUCUAUGAACAAGGCUGCCGCUAGGCAUAUGCAGAGCGCUUAGGGCCUCAACCACUUUGCCUCCAAAAUAAGGGCCUCCUAAAUUGAAAUUGACUAAAAAAACGCACUCAUAUUAUUACUAUUUAAUCACGAGGGGGGGCUCCUGACAGGUUAUGCUUAGGCCUUCCAAAUCCUACCAGCGGUCCUGUUUAUGAAUGAACAUCUGUUGACAGCAUUGGCAUUGAUAAGUGAUUGUGUUUCACAAAUUGACAGCUCUUGGAGCAUAGGGACACCAGAACAGAACAUUAGGGAGUCAGACUGUUUGGGCUCUCCAGAAUUGGAGAUAUUAAAUCUCAGUGGAAUCUUCAAGGAUUACUGAAGGUCAAAUAUAUUUCAAUAGGUCCAGAGAGAUUCACGUUACCUUGACCCAUGUGCUGAGAAGAAAGAGACUUCUAUGUUUACAGUAAAAUGAGAUUAAAACCCGGCUAAUACACCAAACUAACCUCAAAGUCUCAAGGACAAGUUUUCACUUUAUUUGAACAGGUUCUCAAGGGCAAAGAGGACUCCUGCCAGCUUUGCCAGAUGGAAAAUGAUGAACUAUCGUACCAAAACCUUG